AUGGUUUCAAGAAGAAAAUCUGACUUACUUUCAAGUUUACCUGAUUGUCUUCUUGUUACAAUCAUAUCUUUCUUGCCUUUCAAACAAUCAGUCCAGACAAGUGUUCUUGACAAACGAUGGAAGAAUAUUUGUCGUGAAACAACAAGCCUCGUAUUCAAAGAAUCUGAGUUUGUGAACUUAUCUGCUGAUACAGAAACCAUAAAGUCUGAGAGAGCUUUGUUUGUUAGCACUAUGCGUCAAUGGAUCUCUAGCUUUAAUGGUCAAGUCAUUGAAAAUUUAGAAUUUUAUCUCUCUGAACCAGUGUCUUUCGAGAAAGAGAUCAUAUCUCUAACCGAAUUUGCAGCCUCAAAACAAAUAAAAAAUGUAGCUAUUGAUUUCUCAAGCCCAGCCUCAAGAAAAAUCGAAGUUGUAGAGCAUUUGGUCACGUUGAUGCAUUAUCAAAAUACAGAAUUCGAUAUUACUCGUAUCUUUUUCAAUCUGACACAUGUUAGGAACCUGACGAUCUGUUCUUUUCUUAUUCAGAUGAUCCAAGACUGUGAAGAUCCUAUGGAAUUGCAUGAUGCGAUGGAAGCACGACAUUUGGUGAUGAAGACUAAUCUGCAUGCAAAGGAGUUCAUAGGAAUUACAAUAUUUCUCAAUAGCUGUCCAGAACUGGAAUCUCUCACGUUUGAUAUGGAUACUACUGAACGUAUCUUGAGAAUUUCGUUUCCAUUAGAUCCGAAAACGUUUUGGCUCACCAACGGUACAUAUGAGUGUUUGGAAAGGACACUUAAGGUUGUCAAAGUAAAAAACUUUCGGGGCGGCUCCAACGAGUUACAUGUGCUGAAGUACCUGAUCCGAAGGGGACUCGUGAUGGAACAGCUUGACCUUUAUGAGGCAAAGGGAUUGGACGAGGAUCAAAAGAGGUUGGUAGUGACUGCAGCAGAGGAGGUUCAGAAGAAUGUCGAGAAUGGUUCAAAGCAUUUAAGAAUUACUCUGCACAAGGCUUGA